AUGCCAUACUCGGCCCCCGGACCAAACCCAAUCAACAUGCUCGCAACUUCAGAAAAACACAGAGCUAGAAGAGAAGUCAAAGAUAUUCCUCCAUUCUCUGGCUCACCACGUUCCCGAAGAUCAAAUUCAGAGUCAUGUCCCCGAAAAAUCGACCUCAAUGCCUGUGUGUCCGUUCUAGAGACCUGCGAAAAUAUACUCCGGAAACAAAACGGUGAAGUGGUAAAAUCUUCCCUGAAGAAGGCAAAGUCGGCUCCUGUCACACCUACCUGUCCCAAGGCCGUCCAUUUUGAUGAAAACGAUCUCGAACAUGUAAAAUGGUUCUUCGAACAAGAGAAACCAACAGCAGUCAGCGCUGAGGCAUCAUCUGAAGAAGAGUUUUCAUCCGAUGAAUCUGAAACUUCUUUGUCGGAAGACGAGGAAGAACCCGAACUUGUUAUUUCCUUACCCAACUUUCCGCGAAUUACGACAAAGCACAGUUCAAAACGAGUAUCGCUGGAACAAGUUUAUCUUUCUCCUGAUAGACGUGCACUGAUGGGUCGUAUCCACGUACGAAAUCUGGCAUUUCAAAAAUCAGUGUCCGUCAGAUAUUCCUUUGACUUUUGGCGAACGUAUUCGGAAAUAUCUGCCACAUAUUCUGAGAAUACCCAAGAUCGCAAGAAAAGCAACUAUGAUACAUUUAUAUUCUCCAUCGAAUUCACCGAUAAUUCUCGUAACUCCAUAGAUGGCCGUACCAUGUACUUUGCCAUCAGGUAUAAUGUGAACUUGACCGAUUACUGGGACAAUAACAACGGAUCCAAUUAUCAAGUAGAUUUCAAACGUGUCCGACGAGAGCCCGUCAACAAGUCAAGAUCUCGAAAGGCUAUGUCCAAGGUUCGGUCCAAGGCAAAAAAAGAUGUGCCUAUUAAUGAAGAAUUUUCUCGCUCGCCCCCAUCGAUUGUAUCGUCUCGUUACACGUCUUCGGUGUCGGCUACAAAUAAGAAGUCUAUCAAGAACAGAUAUAAUAUUAACGAUUCGUUGUCCGCGGCGAUGACUACUCCGACACCCAAAUCGUCGCAACCAACUAGGCCCUCUCGUGAACUAUCAUCAUAUAACCCUCCAACCAUCUCUGACGCUAACAACGACUCGCUCAAGGCAUUCUUUUCAAAUAGUCGUAUUGAUGGAGUUUCGGCCAGCGUAGAGUCAAACAACCAAGGGGAUUUCGGAAGAAAUGUCAAGAUAACAACUUCUUCCACUCCCAUUGCCAUCCCAUCAAAGCCAGCAAUUGGAUCGACAUCUUAUUUCGAGCUUGUUGAACGAUAUUGCUUCUUUCAAGGUACACAUACGGGAUACGCUAAUUCCCCCCCAAUCGCUUCUUCGUGA